GUGUCCGCAGGGAGCGCAAUUCUCGUGACAAAUUCCUCACCCUGCACCCCGCAAAAUCCUCUACCCUCAACGAGAGAGAGAGAGGGGAAACGAUGAUGUGGGAAGGCGGAGGAUCUGCCGGCAACGGCGGCGCUGACGGCGGAGGAAAUGGGAGGAGGAAGCCGUCGUGGAGGGAGAGAGAAAACAACCGGAGGAGAGAAAGGAGGAGGAGAGCUAUUGCCGCCAAGAUAUUCGCCGGACUGAGAGCUCAGGGGAACUACGAUCUCCCCAAGCACUGUGACAACAAUGAGGUUCUCAAGGCUCUCUGCUCUGAGGCCGGCUGGAUCGUCCAACCCGACGGCACCACUUUUCGCAAGGGAUUCAGGCCAACACCAAUGGAGAUUGGAGGAACUUCAGCCAACAUCACACCAACUUCUUCUGGAAACCCUAGCCCCCCAUCAUCCUAUUUCGCCAGCCCGGUCCCUUCGUACCAACCCAGCCCGUUAUCCUCAUCGUGCCCGAGCCCAACCCGUGGCGGCGAAGCAAUGAUGUCAUCCCAUCCCUUCGCCUUCCUCCACAAUUCCAUCCCAUCUUCUUUGCUCCCUCCUCUNAGGAUAUCAAACAGCGCCCCCGUGACCCCACCCAUCUCUUCCCCCACCCGAGCUCCCAAACUGCCCUUCAACUUGGAGUCCAUUUCAGCCCUAAACAACAUCCCACUCUUUGCCUCUGCCCCAUCCAGCCCAACCCGUGGUCGCCGGAGAUUCCCUGCCACCAUUCCUGAAUGUGAUGAGUCCGAUGCAUCCACCACCGAUUCAGGCCAGUGGACGUGCUUCCAGAAAUUUGGGCUUAAUAACAUGCGCCCGCCGUCCCCGACUUUCAAUCUUAUGAAGCCCAACAAUCCCCAUCACAGCGCUCGGCUCGAUGAUCCAAUAAUGUCGGAUCAUAAGGGUAAAGGUGUGGAGUUUGGGUUCGAGAACAAUGUCGCGGUGAAAGCUUGGGAGGGGGAGAGAAUUCAUGAGGUAGGGUUGGAUUACCUGGAGCUCACUCUUGGGAGAGGAACUUCUGGCAUAUAACUGAUCAUUUGCUAGGGAUGAAUGGAUUCUUAUGUUGUAAUUUCUCUCUUGUUUUGGUAAUCAACGAAACACCCAGUUUAGGAGGGACAAAGAUCAGAAAUGAAGAAAAAAAAAGUUUGGCUCUUUGAUCAGUCUAUUUUUCUGAUUGUUAGUUUUGUUGCACACUUGCAAUGUUAGAUGUGCACUAUGGUGGAUGGAGAGAGGUUGUAAGAGCAUUUCUAACUGGCAGAGUUUUGCUGUAGAGUUUCAUCCAACCGUGCUGUAUUUUUAAACGCAAAAUGCUUUGGACAUGAAUUACUAGAUUUUGGGUUUAUAC